AAGAUGAAAAGAAAAAUAAAAAAUCAGGUGCUAUGCAAAAUCGCCGAAGAGAAAUCAGAAAAGACGCUCACUUUGCCAGGCGAGCAAUCCAGAGUAAGCCCGUUCUCCACUCCGUAGGGUUUCUUCUUCUUCUUCUUCUUCUUCUUCGUCCCCUACCUCUUCCCCUUCUCCUUCCCCAAUCUCUCUCGUUCCCUCUCUUUCGAAAACGGUAGAGGACCCCUCAAACCCUAAUAAAUCCCCGCCCCCCUAGGGUUUCGAUCAAUAGCUCCGGCGCACAUAGAACAAAUCACCGCGCCGUUAAGGCGUUUUCCUGUAUAGAGACCAUCAUCAUCACCUAUAAUAGUAAAAUAAUCCCUCUCUCUCUCUCUCUCUCUCUCUCUCUCUCUCUCUCUUCUUUGUUAACGUCAAUGGUAGGGGCGGCGAGGGCAAAGCAAUCAAAGAGGCUUUCUUGGGCGCCGGAUGUGAAGUUAUGUCAGGUAAGGCUUUUUUUAUCCGAGGAUGCUCCUAUUUUUUCUGCUUUGGGAUCCCAAGACCAUCUUCAAGCAAAGGGUUCAUGGCCAUCGCAUGCGACAGGCUUGGACUCGGAUGAUUCUCUACCUCCUGGUUUUGAGGCCCCUCAUCCUUUUUACCAGUUCAAGAUAGAUCUCUCGCAGAUUCCUAUAAUCAAGUGGAACAUCCCUCCUAGUGUAGUUUUGAAUCCGCACUGGUCUGUGGUUGCUGGAGAAGAAAGUGAAGAAGCGUCAGCAGAGGCGCACAGAGAAUUAGCGGUGCUCGAAGCAAUUUAUCCUCGCCAAUCUAGCAUCCCUCCAAAUCCUAGCGUUUCUCCGGAAGUACGAGACUCCUCCCAUGAUGACUCCCAAACUCCUCUAGUCCCUAUCACUGCAAUCGAAGAUGAAGAUGCAUUUGACCGAUUGGAGACCUCGCUGUCUGUUGAUGGAUCCAACACGUUCCAACAGCCUGCUGUUCACAAUACUCCUGAAGCAAGAACACCAUCUAGUAGUUUACCAGAUCGAACACGGUUGAUAAUGGAGCAUUUGCAACAGAAAGCGGCCACUUCUGCACUUGGCGGAGAAAAGCUGGCGGUCAAUGGCGCUCGACUGGCCACCGAACCUGAUGUGGCGGCUGCAGCUGCUGCCGCAUUCACGGCUAUAAUGAGGAGCAACGAGCAGGGCAGCCUGAUCGACCAAGAUCUGCUCAUCAAGAUCCUCAGUGACCCUGCUUUAGUACAGAAGCUGCUCGCCGAGUACGGAGCGAAUAACAAGCAGCAGCAGCCACAAGUGGGUCCUUUGUCUUCGGCGCUGCUGCCGCCGCCUCCCCCGCCACCUCUCCCUCCCCCUCCCCAUCCCCAUCCCCAUCCCCAAAUCCAUGCUGCAUCUUCUGCCACCUCCUUGGCCAUACCACCGGCCUCGCACUUGUAUCCGGUGCCUAGUGCAAUGCCGUCCCCAGCAAUGGUGCUGCCGCCACCGGUGAAUCUACAGACGUCUCCGAGUGCUGCUGCUGCUGUCAUUCCCGUCGCGGUCAAUUCUUCGUCGAGCAUCCCUCUUCCGGUGAAGGAUGUGAACUACUACAAGAGCUUGAUCCUGCAGCAUGGCGGGGACAAGCAAGAAGCUUUUGUGUCGAAUACAGCGCAGUUCGGAAGUUACAGUGAUAGCUCUUCGAUAGGUAAAGUUGAUGUAGAUUCGGCCAGGAAUGUCGGGUCUAGACAGCAACGAGAUGGGAAGAACAGAAUCCCAAAGCCUUGUGUUUUCUUCAACAGCCCAAGAGGGUGUCGGCACGGCGCCAGCUGCUUGUACCUGCACGAUACGUCGUCGACCGUGCCGCAGCGGAGUGAGAGUUCCAAGGGGCCAAAGAGAAUGAAAGUGGAUAGAGGAAUUGCCGACAGGAGCGGAUGAGCUUUGCUCCUUGCUCUUCUCUCCUUUUCUCACUUCAUUUUUAUUUUUAUUUUUAUUUAUUUUGGCUCCUCCAUCCAUGUUCAUUCAUCUUUUGCAGUACAUAUCAUCCCUUCUGUUUUGUCCGAGUCCGAGUUGUUCUUGUAGUUUUGUUUUUCGCCUUUUUCUUUAUCUGAGGUAGAUUUUACCAUGCAAAGAAAGGAAAUGUAUUUCUUUUUUUACUUC